UCGCGCGGGACUUAUUCUUGGUGGUGGCCGGUGGCGCAAUAGCGAAGUGCCGUUGGAACGCUGCGCCUGCAGUCCAGUCGGUCGCUCUGACGACUGUUAGUGUUGUCGGCGCACCGUCCGGAGUGGUAUACUUCGCUCCGAGAGAGAGAGGCACAGACUAUUGAUUUGCACGCUGCCGCUGUCCCCCGUGUGCGGUUUUCAAUUCAAGAUCAACCGUGCUCGUACACCAAGUUCUCGUACUUCCUGAGACGAGCAAGUUUCGGAACACGAGCACCAAGAAACUCGGCGAAACAGACUGGGUGACGCCGGAUCAUGGAUGUUACACUUCUGCUGUUAGCUCUGGGUGUUAUUGCUGCGAUGUUUGGUGUUGUGGCGACGAGGUUCGGUUUCCCCGGGUUCAACAAGAUCGCCCAGGUCGCGCUCGCUCUGGCGUUGCUACCCGUCAUCUGCAGAUUCCAUCGGAAGCUGUACAUCAUUUGCAAAAUUCUGCCUCGUGACCUGAAAUUUCUGUAUCGUGCCAUUUCGGCAGAGAUCGAGGUAAAAGGACAGCGCCGGAACAACAUGACGGUGGUGAAGAUAUUCAAGAAAAGAGUGGACCGCUAUCCUAACAAGACCUGCUUCUUCUUCGAGGACCAAGUUUGGACGUAUUCCGAUAUUAACAAGUACAGCAACCAGAUAGCGCGUGUCUUUCAAGAGGCUGGCUACGUGAAAGGGGAUGCGGUGGCUCUGAUGAUGCCCAACAGGCCGGAGUACGUCGCGAUUUGGCUCGGCCUGGGGAAAAUCGGCGUCGUCACAGCACUGAUCAACACAAAUUUGCGACUACAGUCGUUGAUCCAUUGUCUCCGUAUCGCCGAAGUGAAGAGCAUUAUUUACACGGAGGAGUACACGUCUGCUCUCGACGAUAUUAAGGACUCGAUUCAGGGAAUAGGGAGGUACAAAGUGUGUUUCAAAUCUCAGAUAUGCGAGAGUGGUGUGUGCGAUUUAAACAAACUUCUGUCAGAGGCCAGUAUUAAUGAGCCAGUGGUGAAGGACGAGCCUAAUUAUCGUGAUAAGCUGCUCUACAUUUACACGAGUGGUACCACUGGUUUGCCAAAGGUUGCAAUACUCCCCAAUUCGAGAUACUUGUUAGUCGUAAUGCCCUUUAAUUUGGUGGGCUUGAGAUCGAGCGAUAUCCUAUACAAUCCGAAUCCAUUGUAUCACACAGCCGGUGGAAUGCUCGGCGUGGGUUUCGCGAUUCUGAAAGGUAUACCAACCGUGUUAAGGACCAAGUUUUCAGUGUCGGCAUAUUGGACAGAUUGCAUCAAGUAUAAUUGUACCGCGGCACAGUACAUCGGUGAAAUGUGCCGUUACCUGCUUAACGCACCACCGAAACCGGAAGAUAAUGCUCAUCGAUUAAGGCUUAUGUUUGGGAAUGGCAUGAGGCCGCAGAUUUGGAGCGAGUUUGUCAAACGAUUCAAUAUCAAACGGGUCUCUGAGUUUUACGGGUCCAGCGAGGGCAAUGCCAAUAUUGCCAACUUAGACGGGCGAACUGGCGCCAUCGGUUUUGUGCCACUAAUUGUGCCACGAGUGUUUCAUCCUCUGGCAAUUAUCCGCGUAAAUAACCAGACGUACGAGCCUAUUAGAGGCUCGAAUGGCUUGUGCAUAAGAGCGGAAACAAAUGAGCCAGGGAUGUUCAUAGGAUUAAUAAAAGAAGGGAAUGCAUUAAGAGAGUUCAAUGGGUAUUUAGAUAAAGAAGAAUCGCAAAAGAAGAUAAUACAAGACGUGUUUGUCAAAGGUGACAAAGCUUUCUUAACAGGUGAUAUUUUAGUAGAGGAUGAGUACGGUUACAUUUACUUCAAAGACAGAGUAGGUGACACAUUUAGGUGGAAGGGGGAAAAUGUCGCCACCGCAGAAGUGGAAGGAGUUAUCAGUAACAUUGCAGGGAAAAGAGACGCCACUGUUUACGGAGUUCAGGUGCCUGGAAUGGAGGGAAGGGCAGGAAUGGCAGCGAUAGUCGACCCAGACAGCCUUCUGGACUUCAAAACCCUCGCCGAAGGUUUAGAGAAAGCACUGCCAGCAUACGCGAGACCAAUUUUUCUGCGAAUUGUGAAAGAACUCGAGAUAACUGGAACGUUCAAGUUGAAGAAGAUGAACCUUCAGAAGGAAGGCUUCGACCCGAGUAAAAUUCAAGACAAGAUGUACUUCUUGUCCGGUAACAAGGAGUACGUCGAGAUCACGCCAGAACUUUAUCAGGAAAUCAUCUCCGGAAGGAGAAAGUUCUAGUUGUUGCGCGCUAACGUCACCCGUUAACGCGACAUCAAACGAUUGUCGAAUAUACACUUGUAAAAGUUAGAGACGAAGGUGUAAACUUUUUUUUACAACGUGAACAUAACUUUCUGCACACGCCUUGUAGAUACAAUGCAUAGAACUUUUAUGUAAUAACAUCAAACAUAUAUAUAUAAAUAUAUAUAUAUAUAUAAAAAACCAUAGAGUUACAGACGGAUGUUUCUUGAACUUAUGUAAGAGAAAGAGGAGAGAGAGUUAUUUUUACGAGGGCUCAAAAAAAAAAAAAGAAAAAAAAAGAAAAAAGAACAGGAAGAAAAAAAAGAGAGUCUUCUCACGAAGCAGAAAACAAAAUUACAUUUUUGUCAUCAACGACGAGAGACGAAUAUGGUGACAUGUUCCUGUUUAUUUUAUAAAUACUGUGUACAUUUUUAAUCAAAUGAAACGGUCCGUAGCGUAAGGCGAAAUUGGCAUUGUAGAUAGGAAGAUAGCAACGAAUAAAGUCAUUCUUAAUGGGUAACGCUGGUUUUUCAUAAGAAGUAUAUACUUUAAUUUUGCACACGAAGAGCGUGUAGAAAUUUCUCAGGUUUCUAGGUAAUUCUAUUUUGCUUACCAUAGAACGAUCAAAAGGAGAUGAAUUACUUAUGUCUGCAGUAUUUAGUUUAAAUGUAACGUGCCACGUCAUAAUCGUUUGCAAAUUCGUUAUUUAUAAAUGUUUGUUCAAUUUGCACUCCCCAAGUUUGCGUUUAUACCAAAAUGCCGAUAUAGAAUAACAUUCAACAAAAAAAUGUGAAUAUAUACGACGACUAAACAUAAUAAUAUUAUACGUAAGCUCAAUUUAUUCUACUAGCUCCAUCAGAGUACGAUAGAUGUAUAUAAGUUUGUUAAAAGGAAUUAACUCUUAACCAAACACAAUUUCACUUCCACUUUGAACUACUUAAAAGUAAUAGUUUGUUGUAGCUAGAAUUCUGUAUUUAUACAUAUGUUUUAAUAGCGAAGUAACGGUGACCAAAGUAAUGGUGCAACUAAUUAUUUUCAAUAAUUCUUUAUUUCAAUG